GAGGCGGCGGAGUCGCGGGAUUGGGUCACAGGGAGGCUGACGGGCUCCGACUACACCGACACUAAUUCCCAGGCCACCCUUAAGGAAUGAGGAGCCCCACGUGACGCUGACGGGGCGGGCGAACUCUGAGCCAUUUUGGGGACGGUGUCAGUUUCCACUCUGUGCCUUCAGUGUUGCAUCCCCCCCCCGUCCACCACUCUCCCUCCUCCCUCCCCAACAACUAUGAAAUAAUUACGAUCUCUUCUCUGCCUCUCUCUUUUUGUUAGAAGAGGAAGAAGAUACACACACACACACACAUCAAGAGCCUCCCCAGAGGCCGAGAAGCACAACGGUGGGGGGGGGAGAGAGAGAGAAAGAGGAGUAAAAAGAGAGAGAGAGGGGGGGGGAGGGAGGAGGGAGGGAGAGACAAUGGGCUGUGGAGGAGAAGCAAGCCAUCCGGAUUAGAAAGAUUUUAAGAUCCCAGCACUGAAGCCACGCAUUAACUGGGGGGGAAAGGAGGAGGAGGAGGAAAACAAAAAACGGAGAGCCAACUCGGGGAGAGGCAGGGCGUCAGAAGAGGUCAGUGGAGGAGAGGACCCCGGGUGUUUUGGAACUAACAUGAGCUGAGUGCAGCGGCGGCGGCAGCAGCAGCAACAGCGGCGGCGGCGGCGGCGGCAAUACGCUUAUUGCAAUUGACAGCGUCUGCAGUUCAUUUCAAGAUGGCCGCUUGGCUCACAUUCAUUUUCUGCUGAACGACUUUUAACUUUCAUUGUCUCUUUUGGCGGCUCCGAUCGUCCCCCACCGGCUCCUUUUGGCGGAGCUGCCUCGCCUUGCGCCAAAAUGCAUCGCACCACCCGCAUCAAAAUCACCGAGCUCAAUCCCCAUCUCAUGUGCGUGAUCUGCGGAGGCUACUUCAUCGAUGCCACCACCAUCAUCGAGUGCCUCCACUCCUUCUGUAAGACAUGUAUCGUGCACUACUUGGAGACGAGCAAGUAUUGUCCUAUUUGUGAUGUCCAAGUUCACAAAACCAAGCCGCUUUUGAACAUAAGGUCAGAUAAAACCCUCCAAGACAUUGUGUACAAGUUAGUUCCAGGCCUUUUCAAAAAUGAAAUGAAAAGAAGAAGAGACUUUUAUGCUGCUCAUCCAUCUGCUGAUGCUGCCAAUGGCUCUAAUGAAGACAGGGGAGAAGUUGCAGAUGAAGACAAAAGGAUUAUAACAGAUGAUGAGAUAAUAAGCUUAUCCAUUGAGUUCUUCGACCAAAAUAGAUUGGAACGGAAAGGAAAUAAAGAGAAAGAGAAAUCCAAAGAGGAGGUGAAUGACAAAAGAUAUUUACGCUGCCCAGCAGCAAUGACUGUGAUGCAUCUGAGAAAGUUUCUACGGAGCAAGAUGGACAUACCUAACACUUUUCAGAUCGAUGUCAUGUAUGAAGAGGAGCCUUUGAAGGACUACUACACGCUAAUGGAUAUUGCUUACAUCUACACUUGGAGAAGGAAUGGCCCCCUCCCUUUGAAGUACCGGGUCCGAGCUACUUGUAAAAGAAUGAAGAUCGGCGGUGGCCACCAGCGAGAUGGCUUCAACAACAGCGGGGAGCUGGAAAGUGACUCUGGGAGCGAGAAGGCCAGCAGCCCCGUGGGAGGCACCCCCUCCACCUCCUCGUGUUUGCUCAGCCCCAGCACCCCCGUGCAGUCUCCGCACCCUCAGUUCCCCCACAUCUCUAGUACUAUGAACGGAACCAGCGGCAGUCCCAACAGCAACCACCACCACGCCUCCUUUACCAACCGCGCACGGAAAGCCUCCGUAAAUGGGUCCUCUGCGACUUCUUCUGGCUGACACACCGACCCCCUUUGGGACUAAGGGAAGCCCUGCAAUUUCUUUAGAGGUUUCUUUCCUGUCUCUUUCUCUCCCUCUUUCUCUCCAUGCCAUGAACUUUAUCGAUGCUAAUACCACGUGUGACUAUCGUCCAAAUUGCUUUAAAAAGAGGAAUAAUGAAUGAUUACCGCCCCCACCCCGCCAACGUCUUUGGACAUAAACAAGGUUGGACUUAAAGGGUGAACAAUGAAUAUGGACCGUGGGUGGGGAAAGAGCUGUUUCUUAAGGACUAGCAACGCAGAAAAGAAGAAGAAGGUAUAAAUAGCCAGCUAAAGUCGGGAGGAAGAGGAGUGUUUUGUGUUCCACCUGCUUCCUUCAAUCUCCUUCCUCUUCUGGGCUCGGGAGACUCCGGAGAUGGGUGCAUAUCAAUAACGGGACACAGUGUUGUUGAUCCAGAUUAACUUCUCACAUUUACAUUCUCUUGGAUUGAUAAUUGUUAUUAUGCUGUUUUGUGAACCUGUUGAAAACAAGUGGAUUUUUCUUCCAUCUUGAAAUUCAUCAACAACCCGGAAAUUAAUUUCUCUCUCUCUCUCUCUCUCUCUCUCUCUCCAUGCCACUGUGAAUAACAAUUUCUUGCUUAUUACCAUUUUGAUUUUUAUGUCGCAUCCUUCAAACUUCUCUGCUGCUGCUGCGCAGAAUUGAUUUAGAGGCGGGGAAAGGAGGAGAGGAGAAAACCGAAAAAGGCAAAAGUAAACUUUCCAUUUUGCGAUUUGUAUGCCUAAAAGCGGGUAUUCCGCUCAUUUUACAGACUUGUUUUAAAAGAAAAGAAACGCUUUUUGUAAGAAUCAGAUGGCAUUUUACGCUCGCAGAACAAUGCCAUGUUGGUAUAUGGCAAAACAGGAAGCAGUAUUGUAUCAUAUAUUUAUAAAUAGUAUAAAGAAAAUAUUGUUUUCGCGCACUCACAAGACGGUGGUUAAACUUGGUUCGACCCUUGGAAUCGCCUUAUUUAUUGGGCCGUUGCUGAUGUCAGCAGAUGUCAGCGAGAAUUUCCCCAAGUGACGCCCAGGGUUGGAGGGCGAGCUCAGACCGUGAACCCGGAAGCAAUUGUCACUCUCGCAAGGAUUUUACGGGCCUUGUCUUUGUUCCAAGUAGUGUAUUACUUUUUACUUUUACACCAUGUGAUUAACUGUUUUAAUGAUGCAAAGGGGGAAAGGGAGAGGGACAGAAGAAGGAGAAUACGAUGGAGGAACAUGGGAAAGAUUUAACUGUUUCAUUAGUUGUAUUAUUUGGUGUGAUGAGUUUCUUUGUUUUUUAAAAAAGCACAGGAAAUCAAACAAGAAGCCAUAAAAUAUGGGGAAACCUUUCUUUCUUUCUUUCUUAAUCAGCAAAUCGCUGGAUGAAGGCUUUUAAUCUAAAUUUGUUUUAAUAUAUGUUUGUAUGUAUGUAUGUAUGUAUGUAUAUGGUACAGUACUAACUUGGUUAAAGACUAACAGGUACUUUGAUAUCUCCAAUAAGCUGCGGAAAUCCGUUUUGCAAAAUAGGCUUCUGAAGGCAUCCAUUUGAACCAAGAUGGGACAUCUAAAAAAAAAUUAAACGUCCUGAAGAGUCCCAUAAUUUUCAGUUUGUGGUUUGCUUUGGUCAAACUUCGUGUGUGUUCUUCACCCAGUUACAUAUUUGUGAGGGUGUUUAUCCUAUAUGACUAUUGUUCCAUGUUUGUAUGGGAAAUUGUAGCUAAACAUUUCAUUGUCUUCAGUCUGCAAAAGAAGCACAAUUCUAUUGCUUUGUCUUGCUUACAGUCAUUAAAUCAUUACUUUUGCAUACA